CUAUAGCUAGACUGGAUUAUUAAUAAUUUAAAUGUGUCAACCUUUGGAUUUUGAAGUUCGCAAUCACUCAUGUAUUGUAACUUCAAUGAGAGAGGUCUCAAGACUCUAGAAUACCAGCCUCUGGAUUCUGUUCGUAAAUGAUUGUUUUCCCCAGAGAUAGGAUACCAACUUGGAUUGCAUUCACACGGUAUAUUUAUGGUACCGAGAAUAUUGGUUUGUAUGGAGAAGAAUGUAGGUCGGGUUCCUCAGAGGAGGAAUGUUCAAGAAAAAAUCGCAAAUUUGAAAAGAAGCUUCAGUUUUAUGCUAAGAUUAGAGACAUGGUUGCUUCCCUACAUGCAAAAAAGACGAUUAGCAAGAAGAAAAAACUUAGAAACCGUCAGAAGAAACUGAAAGCAUAUGAUCUCUCCUCCCUUGCUGAAUUUCUUCCUGAGUUGAAGGCUCCACGUCAACCAGCUCCAGAAACUAACUUCAAGCUAAAUAGCAAGUCUAGACGGAAGCUAGUUGAGAAGGAAGGAGAACAGUUGAGGAAAGUCCUUAAUCAUCCUGCAUUUCAGACGGAUCCACUGUCAGCAAUUCAUCAACAUCUGCAGAGCACACAACCUGUUCAAAUUGAGAGUCCAGUAAAAACUUUGAAGAAAACUACAAGGAAGACAAAGAGGAAACGGUCAAAGGCUUCAUCUGGGGCCAAAUCGAUGGAAAUCUGAUGUGCAAUGAUGGAGCCAUAUAUAAUUUUUUACUCUAUAUAAAAGAAACCCGGGUAAAAUGUCAGCAUGGAAAGCUAAGUUGCAAGUUGAAAUCGGAAUGAAGCAUUUCUUUCCCACACUUGAUAGCUUUUCCUCAUGGUUAUGCUCUGUGUGCGUAGGUUGAACUUUGAACAUUGCAAUCAAGAACACUACCAUAGGCUAGUGGCAUAUUAUCCGGCAUUGAUUAGGCUGUCCAUACUCCAUACGGAUUAAGAGUCGAGACUAGAGAAAUUCACGGAUUUACUUUUGCAAUCCCGUUGGGUAGUAGGAGCUUCUUCCUUGCACGGCUAAUUUUCUUUCUGCCAGAUGGUGAAUUGUUUUGGUCAAUCCAUGCAACACUUCUAUAUU